GGGAGCGAAGGUGAGCAGCCGCUGGCGUGGCGUGGGACACUCCCCCAGCUUGUGCUCCAGGCGACCCUUUUGGGAGCCUGUGGGGCUGGGGUCAGCGUGUCCUGUAACGCGAGGAUUCCCUGGUGCUUCAGAGGCAGCUCUGGGAGGUGGGUACAAGGGAAAGCUCGGCUGCUUUGGCCCGUGUUGGGGCUAGGUGGGACAUGUUGGGGCUCCCUGGGCUGCCUUAGGAGGGUUGCAAGGAAGGAGCAGGGGAUAGGGAAGUAGGAAAAACACGGUCAGCCAUAAAACCAAUCAUUGCACAAUGUUUUGGUGGUGUGUGGGUGGGCUGGGAGCUGGUUCCGGAUCCAGUGGUCCACGUCAGUGGUGGGUUUGCUGGUGUGGGAGCCCUGAAAGCAGCCAGACAAGGUUCUCCCAUCCCCAGAUCCUGAUGCAGCUCACGGGCAGUCACAGGAUGAGACGGUGCUUGGCCCAUGGCCACCACUGCUGUCUCUGACACUUCUUGGGGAGCCUGGGAACAGUACUGGUCCUGCUGGAGCCUUCCUGUCCAUGGCUGGACCUUGUUUACUCCAGCUUCCUGCCACACUCUUGCCACAGCCCCUUCAGCUGCUGUCAGAAAGCCAGAGGAAUCUGGCAACCCCAGAAGGUCCAGCUGUUGUGCUGAAGGGUCACUGUCUCUCCCAUUCCUCUAGCUGCCCUGCCAGCCCCCAGCCCUCUCUGAGCACUGGGCAGAGGGGGCAGGUCCCCUGGCUGAGCACCACAGGCAGCAGCAAGGCAGCAUGGCUGAGUACUUUUUGAUAAUUCCUCAUACAUCUGUGUUUGCUGUGGGGUGGCAUAUGUUGGUGUGCAUGGGCCAGCAGGGGCAGAGCACCAUGCAGGGGAAUGGGAACCACAGUAUUGAAUGGAAAGGGAUCCUUGGUGGCAACCAGAAAGAGGAGAGUGAUCAAUGCCUGAUUUGGAAAGGUGAGGUUCACCCCACCCCUUUCCCAACUAACAAAGGGCUGGGUGGUGGGUUCAUGCCCUGGUUGGAUUCAAGAUCCACCAAACCCAUCCUGUGUCAUGGUCCCCAAGAUGUCGUCGGUGGAAGUUGCAGAUGCUCCUUGCUGAGCUGAACCUCUGGCCUGCAGGUGAGGAAUUGUCAUUUUGAUACGAGAGCAUUUGGUGUGCAGUCUUGUGAGGGGUCUGGAGCUUGUGUCUGUGCUGUGAUGUCUGGAGGCACGUGCUGAUGCGAGGGUCAGUGCCUGGGCUGCAGCAGUGCUUGGGUCUGUAUGCUUUGCCGGCCCUUGGAGCUGGCUCACCUGGGGGAGUGCUGGGUGCAGCAGGCAGGGCACACGGUGAGCAUCCACCAGUCUGUGAGACCCUGAAGCACGAUGCAGGCAGGGCCUCGUCCGGAGCACAGCUGUGCUGCAGUGGUGCAAGAGCAGUUCUCCAGAGCGAUGAAAUCAGCGGGUGUGGCCAGGAUUCCUCAGCUCCCGCCGGAGCUGUCUGGUGGCUGAUUUAUGGUGGUGUUAUUGCCAGGAUCAUGGUGUUGUCCCAGCAACCGCAGUGCAGCCCCCACCAUCCCUUGCCUGGGUGGGAUGGGGCUGGCUGGGUCUCCCUUCACUCACGGUCAGCCCCAGACCAGGAGGCAGAGGCCAGGAACAGGCUCUUCACUCGCCUCUUUGUGCAGGACACAGGCUCCCCCUUCCCAGCGGCGCGGCGGAAGGGCCAGUUGUUUACUAGGGCAGAGGGUGUGGGAAGGGGUGAGUGCACCCUAAGUGCAUUAGCAGAUGGGGAGCAAGCAGGCAGCCAAGUUGGCUGGAGGCUGCAAUGCUCCGCUGUGUGCACCCUUUAGCUCGGUCACUCGGGCUUCCUUCUGUGACUCAUCUGGCCAGCCACAGUGGGGAUGAGAGCCCAUGGAGGGGAUGCCGUGUGCCUGUCUCUGCCAUGCAGCUACUUCAUCCCAUCAUGGCUGAUACUGCAUGGCAUGGCCUGUCAGUGUGUGCUCCUUCAUGAGCACAGGCUGAAUGCCCCUGCCCCGGCCGUGUCCUGGUCAGGGGCUCACAGUGCAGCUCUGGGGUCAUGCUGGAGUGGGGUGAGUCAGGAUGUGCUGUGCCCAGCUUGGGUCUGGGUGGGCAACAGCAGCUCAGACAGGAGUGGACCCCCAGAGCACCCUGCCCGUGUGGGCUUGGGGCAGGCAGGCAGAUUGCAGCCUGUGGGCAGUGGGAUGGAGGGGCUCCCCAGGAGCACGCUGGGGCAGCAUGUCUGUGUGCAGCUGGCACUGCACUGGUAGGGCCCCCACACUGGUGAGACUGGGCAUCCUCCCAGGUGAGGCUUUUGGCUGUGCCAGGUGGAGAAAGGGGCUUUUGUCUUCCAGGAGGCCGGGGCUGAGUAGACUGCCCUGCGCGGGGUGCACGAGGACCGUGGGCUGUUCAGUGGUAACCGAGCCCGACCCCUUGGCAUUUGCUGCCUUCACCACUUCCCACGGCGGGAACAAGCGGCGCGUUCUGCAGGCGGCGGUGGGAGAAGAAAGGCCGCCUUGUCCGUCCCAGCAGUGGGGCGCCGGCUGGGGUGGCCGCGCUCCCGCCCCGCAUUCCUGCAGCAGAGCUGGCUGGAGAGGGGCUGCAUCCCCAGCAGGACGGGCUGGGGUGACGCGGGCGUUCCCCGAGUGUUGGCGAGGCAGGUGAGGGGCUCUGUUGGAGGGCAAUGUUGCGGUACUGGGGGCGUUGGGAAGCGAUGGGAUGCCAGGGUCACCCUCCAGCUCAUGGGCAGGCAGGGCUGCUUCUGGAGUGGGGAUCGGGGAUGGGUGGAGAGUUUGGGCAGCAGGCAGCAGAAUCCGAGACAAUCCUCCAAGUGGCUGGAAUGGGGGUCCUCCAUGGUUCUCACCAGGUCUCACCAGUACAGCCAUGCUGGGAAGGAGUUAACAGCGACAAAGAUCCCACCCUGGCCCCGCUCCCUUCCUCUUCAGUAGCCUGGCCCCUCCUGGCUUUUCCUCCUUCCUGAGCAUUGUGACAGGACGUAGGUGUAAGUGAGAGGCAGGGGCUCGGCUGGGCCCGAGGUCUCCAAAUGCUGGGAAGUGCGGCACCCCAGUGCCUGGGGAACAUGGGCAGCCUGCCGCAGAGGGUCGCGCUCGGCACCAGGGCCAGGUGGCAGCCCAUGUCCGGUACCAUCCGACAUCUCCAAGAGGGCACCAUGGAGACAUCUGGCAGGACCCCCAUCAGCUCAAGCCACAGAGUCCAGACUGUCAUCCAGAGCAGCUCCCUGGACCUGAUUGACACGGGCAAGGGGCUGAAAGUGCAGACAGAGAAACCACAUUUGGUGAGCCUGGGCAGCGGUCGACUCAGCACUGCCAUCACACUCCUGCCCCUGGAGGAAGGGAGGACCACCAUUGGCACGGCUGCGACAGACAUCAUCCUGCAGGGCCCCGGGCUGGCGCCCCAGCACUGCUACAUCGAGAAUGUGCGAGGGACACUCACCCUGCACCCCUGUGGCAACGCCUGUGCCAUUGACGGCGUGCCACUCCAGCGGCCCAUGCACCUCACCCAAGGGUGCACCAUCUGCCUGGGCCAGGCCACCUUCCUCCGCUUCAACCACCCUGCUGAGGCCAAGUGGAUUAAGAGCAUGAUCCCAGCGGGUGGCAGAAGCCCGUCGGCUCUCUAUGGGCUACCAGCAAAAUCCGAGGCCCUGGUGAAUGGUGGCCACCAGCUGUCAGAGCGUGGGUGUCACAGCCACAGCUCCCUUGUCAGCUCCAUCGAGAAGGACCUGCAGGACAUCAUGGACUCGCUGGUGCUGGAGGAGUCAGGGUCCCCCGGCAUCCAGAAGCCGCCUGCCUGUGGCCAAUCCCCCCUCUCCCCUGUGGUGAAUGGGGGUGGGCGCUGCCUCCUGUCCCCUCCAUCCAGCCCUGGGGCCGCCUCAGGGGGCUCCAGCUAUGAGAACUUCUCUCCCCUCUCCUCCCCAGCCAGCAGCAGCAGCUACACCAGCCCCUCACUCAGCAGCCAAGAGCAAGGCCCAGCCGUGCCGCCCCCUCUCCCACUUCGCUCCUCCAGCUACAACCAUACUGUCCAGCCACCCGCUCUGCCUGCUGGCGGUUCUAGUGAGCCUUGGCCAGCCGAGAGGCUCGGGGACCACAGGGUGGGCAGCCCCCGGCUGGCGCCCAGGGUGGCCCCGCGGCCACGGGUGGCCCUGCAGGAGCGGCCCCCCAGUCCCUUCCGGGAGCCACGGGACUCUCUGGCCCCGAGCCGGCAGCCCAGCAGUAGCAGGGUGGUCCCAGAGACCCGGCUGCAGCUCCCCGAGAGCCCACGGCUUGCCCGGAGGAACAUCGAGAGCAUGCGGGAGCUGCCUCCCCUGAGUCCCUCCUUGUCACGCCGGGCUGCCAGCCCCCGGGCGGCCCCUGACACCCCCUCCCCACAGCCACGGCUGGGCAGGGAAGUGCCCGGCAGUCCCCGUGCCAGGCGCAAGGGCCCAGAGGAGUCAAAAGGUGCUGGGGGUCCUUCACCCCCGCUGCUGUCAGAGAACCCCACACGCCGUCCCAGUUUCAGUACUUGCCUGAGCCCAGCAUACGGGCUGGGCUCCCCAGCUGUGCCCUCGCCCCGGCAGAGCCCCCGCACCCCCAGGAAGCCUUUGGGGGACCCACAGCUGCCAGUGGGGUCACGGGAGCGCAAGAACAGCAUCACUGAGAUCAGUGACAAUGAGGAUGAAUUGCUGGAGUACCAUCGGCGGCAGCGGCAGGAGCGGGUUCGGGAGCAGGAGAUGGAGCGCCUGGAGCGACAACGCCUGGAGACCAUCCUGAACCUCUGUGCUGAGUACACCAAGACAGACGGCACCGAGCCAGGUGACAUGCACAGGCUCCUGGCUGGUGACACAGAUGCUGGCCAGUGGGUGCCCAGGAGUGCCAUGGCUCUGGGCCAUGCUGUCGAAGAGCUGCAGCAGAGGGAGAGCGUGGAGAGGUCAGAUGAGGAGAACCUGAAGGAGGAGUGCAGCAGCACCGAGAGUACCCACCACGAGCACGAGAAGCUGACAGGCCCCCGGGCCAAGGAGGCACAGCGGCUGGAGGAGGAGCGUGCCGGUGUCCUCGGACGCCUGGACCAGCUGAAGGGUCGUGUCAAGGAGCUGGAGCAGCAGCUGCAGGAGACAUCGCAAGAGGCAGAGAUGGAGCAGGCACUGCUGCAGGGUGAGCGGGAAUCAGAGGUGGUCCGGCUGCGGCAGGAGCAGGAAGCGGUGCAGCAGCUGAAGGAGAAGCUCUCCAGCCUGGACACCAGCAUCCGCAAGGAGCGGGACAAGGAGGCAGAGGCACUGGAGUCAGAGGCCAAGCUGUUCGAGGACCUGGAGUUUCAGCAGCUGGAGCGAGAGAGCCACCUCGAAGAGGAGCGCGAGGCACGAGGCCAGCAGCUCCUGCAGAGCCGGGCUGAGUGCCACCGGAGCAUUGCCCGCAGGAAGGAGCGGGUGGCUGCCCUGGAUGCCCAGGCUGCCCAGAUUCGGCUGCAGAGUGCCCAGGAGGCCGAGCGCCUGGCCAGGGAGCGGAGCAGUGUCCUGCAGCUCCUGCAGAAGGAGAAGGAGAAGCUCGUGUCUCUGGAGAGGCGAUACCAGCUUGUCACAGGUGGCAGGAGCUUCCCAAAAAUGUCCUCAGCUCUCCGAGAGGAGACCCUCCACAUCUCAGAACCUUAUGAGCUGUUGGAGGGAACUAAGCCCCUGAGCCCCCUGCCAGUAGCAGCUGCCUCCUUAGCUUCUCCUGCCACCUACUCGUACCCCAAGGCACACGAGGAGUACAUGAGGCUGUCUGACGUUUUCAGGUUCUGCAGUAAUGCACAUGGCCCCAGCCUGGACACUAAAGCUUCUGCUGCUGCCCCUGCUGCUGCUCAGCGCUCUUUCUUGCUUGCUGUAGCUCCCACAGCCAACGAGUAUGUGACUGUUGAGCAGCUCUCAGGUAUCCUGGGCAGCCUCCACACCCCUGCUGCUUCCCUGCUGGGCUGUACCCCUCCGGCUCCUUCAUCCUCAGGCUGUGCUCCUCCUCUUCCUCCUCUUCCAUCUCUCCCUUCUCCCUUCGUCUCUGCAGAGAUGGAACAGCAGCUGUUGGGAGGCCCUGUGUGUCUCCCGGCUCUUGAUUUAGAGAAGUGGUACCAGAAGGUUAUGGCUGGCGUUGAGACCUCCUCUUCCUCUGUCUCUCCUCCUUCUUCCCCUCCUCCACUUCCAGCUAAAGCUCACUCCUCUCACAAGGCUCUGCAGGUCUAUCGUGCAAAAACAGAGGGUGCUGCUGGUGUCCUCACCCCUCGGAUGAAGAGUGGGACCCCUUCGUCCUCACAGCUCAACCUCUCCGUGCUGGAGCGCAGCCCCUCCCCUAAGGGCCCCCCCAGCCCGGCAGGCAGCCUGUCCCGCAACCUGGUGGCCACGCUGCAGGACAUCGAGACCAAGCGCCAGCUGGCCCUGCAGCAGAAGGGUCGGCAGGUGAUUGAGGAGCAGAAACGGCGGCUCGCAGAGCUGAAGCAGAAAGCAGCUGCUGAAGCGCAGUCCCAGUGGGAAGCUCUGCAUGGGCAGCCCCCCUUCCCCACUGCCUUCCCCCGGCUUGUGCACCACUCCAUCCUCCACCACAGCCGCCCCCAUGGUCCCGGGCCCCGGGCUGAGGAGCUGGACCAUGCGUAUGACACGCUCAGCUUGGAGAGCUCGGACAGCAUGGACACCAGCAUCUCCCUCAGCAACAACUCCGCGUGCUCACCUGACAACAUCUCCAGUGCCAGCGGGAUGGAGACAGGAAAGAUCGAGGAGAUGGAGAAGAUGCUGAAGGAGGCACACGAGGAGAAGUCGCGGUUGAUGGAGUCCCGGGAGCGAGAAAUGGAGCUGCGUCAACAGGCACUGGAGGAUGAGCGCUGGCGGCGGGAGCAGCUGGAACGCCGACUGCAGGAUGAGACUGUGCGGCGGCAGAAGCUGGUGGAGAAGGAGGUCAAACUGCGGGAGAAGCACUUCUCACAGGCUCGUCCCCUGACACGGUACCUCCCCAUCCGCAAGGAGGAUUUCAACCUGCGGCUGCACAUCGAAUCCUCAGGCCACAAUGUUGACACCUGCUACCACAUCAUCCUGACAGAGAAGAUGUGUAAGGGCUACCUGGUCAAGAUGGGCGGGAAGAUCAAAUCUUGGAAGAAGCGCUGGUUUGUCUUUGACCGCAUGAAGCGCACCCUCUCCUACUACGUGGAUAAACAUGAGACAAAGCUGAAGGGUGUUAUCUACUUCCAAGCCAUUGAAGAGGUUUACUAUGACCACCUCCGCAGUGCUGCAAAGAGCCCCAGUCCUGCGCUCACUUUCUGUGUCAAGACCCACGACCGACUCUACUACAUGGUGGCACCAUCAGCCGAGGCCAUGCGCAUCUGGAUGGACGUCAUUGUCACUGGGGCAGAGGGCUAUACCCAGUUCAUGAACUGAGGGCGGUGCUGUGCACCCCAAAUCCACCAGCUGCGUGGACUUCUGAGCAUCCCAAGCAGCAAGGAGCUCCUGAGAGGACCACGGUCCCUGCCUCAUGCCAAGGGCUGUGCACACCAAGGGCAUGGACCUGCACUGGGCGCAGCUGGGUGGUCCUGAGUGUUGCCUGUCUAGGCAAGGGAAUAAGUGUUUUUUUUUUUACGUUGACUUUCUAGAAACUUUAUUGGAACAAUAUCAAAGUGCUGAAAUGUAAAAAGCUGCCAAAGA